AUGUCGCUCACGCCGCCCCCGCCCCUGCCGUCUCUGUCCCCGUUUGCCGCUGCUCUCCCACCUACUACUGUACCCGCCUUCAGGUUCGAAAAGUUCCCAGACCCUGAAAAAUUCGACGACACCCAUACCAAGCUCCCCGAAUUCACCACCCAACUCCGAAUGAAACUUGAGGUCCAACACCAUCGAUUCCGAAACGAGGCAGCAAAAGUUAUCUAUGCCGUCAGCCGCUUGGAAGGAAGGGCCCUUGAUCAGGUCGUUCCACUCGUUAACGCUAACCCUGCUGCCCCCUUCUCCUCCGUCACUGCCAUUGUCGCCCAGGUGAAAGCCUCGUUUAGAGACCCAGAUCCCCGCGGUACCACCUGUCACCAACUUGUCGACCUGAAGCAAGGCAAAGGAGACUUUGCCACCAACUACUCACAGUUCCUCCGUAUUGUGGCCUACCUAGACUACAAUGAAGGAGCCAAAAUCAGUGCCCUGGCCGAGGGACUGUCGAACGAUUUGAAGGACACCAUGACAUACCGGACCGACAGGCCUAACACUGUAUAUGAAUACGCGACCAUGUUAAUGACAAUCGACAACCGGGUUCGGGGCCGUAAAGCUGAACAACGGGCAAUCCGUAAUACAAUGGGACAAUUUACCGCCCCCGCCGCUGUCGUACACCCAUCUCAUACCACCGGAGGCCUCGCCCGAAUGGACCUCUCCGACCUCCAAGCCCGUCCCGCUCAACGCCCUGCAGCCGAACAAUGA